UGUAACCACUGGUCUUAUCUCCAAACGUAUGAAGAAAGUUUCGUUUUUUCUUCGUGGGUUACGUUUUUUACCAGAUUGCUCUGUUAUCUGACAAACAAAAAGAAAAUGGAGACGGCGAAGAUUGCUUCAUACGAUCGUCUCAGUGAGCUUAAAGCUUUCGACGAGACAAAGACAGGUGUAAAAGGACUCGUAGACGCCGGAGUCUCAAAGGUUCCACGUAUAUUCCAUCACUCAUCUCUCAGACAAUCAAUCCCUAAACCACUUUCCUCUGAGUUGCUCCAUGUCACAACGAUCCCAACGUUUGAUAUCGGAGGACGAAUCUUCAAGGACGAGACUAAGCGCAAGAACGUGAUUCAAGGGAUUAAAGAGGCAUCAGAGAAGUGGGGUUUCUUUCAGGUGAUUAACCAUGGAGUUCCUCUCGAUCUUCUCGAGAAGAUGAAAGAUGGAGUUCGUGAGUUUCAUGAGCAACCACCAGAAGUGAGGAAACAGUAUUAUGGGAGAGAUUUCAGUAGAAAGUUUAUGUAUUUGAGUAACUUCGAUCUUUUCAGCGCUCCAACUGCUAACUGGAGAGACACUUUCUCUUGUACCAUAGCUCCGGAUCCUCCAAAACCCGAGGACUUGCCAGAGAUUUGUAGGGAUGUUAUGUUGGAAUACACAGAGCAUGUGAUGAAUUUGGGAGAGUUUCUCUUUGAGCUUUUAUCAGAAGCUCUAGGGUUAGACCCUAACCAUUUGAAAGAGCUGGAUUGCUCAAAGGGUUUGCUCAUGCUUAACCAUUACUACCCACCAUGUCCAGAACCUGACUUAACUUUAGGCACAACUCAGCAUUCAGACAACUCUUUCCUUACCGUUCUUCUUCCAGAUCAGAUCGAAGGGCUUCAAAUCAACCGUGAAGGGCACUGGUACGAUGUUCCUCAUGUUCCUGGUGCACUCAUUAUCAACGUCGGAGAUCUUCUACAGGUUAGUUUGCACAAUCAACGCCUUUUGCCCUGUUUUGCUCUGUUUAAUUGUAUAUGUGUUUUGGUUUGUUAUGUUUGUUUUUUGUUGCAGCUUAUAACAAAUGACAAGUUGAUUAGUUUGGAGCACCGUGUAUUGGCAAACAGAGCCACACGAGCUCGAGUCUCCAUUGCGUGUUUCUUCACCACUGGUGUAAGACCGAAUCCUAGAUUGUACGGACCUAUUAAAGAGCUUGUGUCUGAAGAAAACCCUCCAAAGUACAGAGAGAUCACUAUUAGAGAAUACGCUGCUCACGUCACUGCCAAAGGUCUAGACGGAACCUCUGCUUUGCUCCAUUUUAAACUAUGAUAAUAUAUGUAAUAUGUCGAGAAUAAAAGAAUACUCAGGAGGUGCAUAAACAUCUCUAACUAUACUUUUAAUUUUUUUUUUUGUCAAGUUUCAUUAAAGCUGGGAAUAAGAGAACUUUAACUGCUCAUGUUACAUGAUAGCCAUAUAUGUUUCACUGUUAGGUAAGAAAGCCAAGUUUCAGAACGAAUGUAACACUACUUAUAAGUUUGAAACCUCA